CAGAAGCACAAGCAAAAUCAGAAACGUUCCAGCAUCCCGCAGGACAUAACAUAGGAGAGCAGAAACGCAAUUCCCUCACAUACUGGGUGGUCACAGUGCAAGAGAGGACCACCAUCUUGGAAAUUUUUUGUGCACCUUUGAAAACGGGAAAAAGUGAUUUUGUGCAAUCGAAACGUUAUUCGGCCAGUGCCGUCGGGUGGCCAGUGCCCCGCGAGUGACGCGAGUUGAGUUUGGAAAAAAUGUGGCCCCACCAUGAUGGGCUGCGAGCGAUCCGAGGUUGAUGGAAAUUUUCCACGGCCCCGCAGCCUUCGGAUGGAUUUCAGUAAAAAUGGAUGAAAAUCUGGUGCCAAGUGAAGAAGAGCCCACAUCACGCCCACGUGAAAAAACGCCCCAACGGUCCGGAUAAGGAGGGCUGUCGGAACCGCGUGUCAAACAUCACCGACUAGUAUUACCGUUAGUGCAUUUACGGAUGGUUGAGGUAGCCCAAACCAAGCAGACACUAUGAAGCGAGGAUAUAAGAGAAGAUUCCUACCGGAACUAGUUACCGAUUGUAACGUUUAAAAGCAAAAGUGAAGAAAUUUUCCGUCGAAGAAAAGUGGGUGUAAUCGAAGCCCACAAAGUGUCAUCUUUCGCGGAUGCAUUCGAUUUUGGAAUUCUGCUGUGAAAAAGUGUAAAGCGAAGAAAUAGGGAAACUCUUUUGAACAUUUUUGGAUCCCAGCAGCGUGUAACACGUCAGCAAGUAGGGAGUAGGUGGAAAAUCCGUCGAGCUUGAAGCAAGGAUUGUGCUUCACUACUGGAGUGACCACCCCCGGAUUAUUCACGCAUCUGCCCACAUAGCGAACCAAACGAGACGACGACAACUACAACAACGCAAUUUCGGGUCAGUUUCCAGUCCACAGCCAGCAGAGUUGGCUCUCGCCUCAGCCACCGUCGAUUGUGCGUGAUCAUGAGCAGCAACAUUGGGAAUGACCUUAGCGAACGAAGCAGUCGAGGUGGAUUCAUACGGAAUGUCUCGGGCCGGCUCCUUGGCGUGGUGGCCACCUUCUCGGCCCUCCUGUUGGUCGUCGAAGUUGUGGUCUGCAACGAGGACACAACGCCCCACCCGCUGGACGAGCAUCGACGGUACCAGCAACCGAUUUACUACCCCGGCGCGAACCAGUUUGCCGGAUCGCGCCAAUUCUACCCGGCCGGCAAGGUGAAAUCCACCGACGUUCGGCCGAAGCCGAAAUUAAACGUCAAACAGAAACCAAACGGCCGAACGCCGCUGCCCCCGGGCAAGAUCGUACUGGCGCCUCGUCAUCCACCGCCGUUCAGCAGUGGUCCGGAGCUACCGCAGGACGUGCGAAGCCACACUAGGUCCCGAACGCCCUACGUUCUACCGGGGUACGGAGCCAGCCACCAUGGCGUCUACCGACUGGCGGGCGGCGAACGGACCGACGACUACCGACCGCACCUCAAUGACUGGGGAAGCUCCCAGGUCUUCGUGCCAGAAAAUGACCUACUGAACGAAGGCGGUGGCAAUGGAGACAACGCACCCGGAGUGGACAACUGCGACAUCAAGUGCGAACCGAAAGAGUUCAAAUGCGAGAAGAGUUGUGCCUGCGUCCACAUGGAUCUGCACUGCAACGGACAGGCCGAUUGCAUCCUCUCGGAAGACGAACAGAACUGCGAAGAGAUGCAGCAGGAAAUGGUCAAACAGCUGACGGACAGCUGCGAGGCCAGUGGAACGCACGUCAUCUGUGCCACGACGCAUAUCUGCAUUUCCAAACAUUGGCUUUGCGACGGGGAGGACGACUGCGGCGACUUUACGGACGAAACCCACUGCAACACGAGCCGCCGGGAUUGCAGGGAUGGUAAAUUUAUGUGCCAGAACGAGCUGUGCGUACCGAAGGAGUGGGUCUGCGAUGGCGAUGACGAUUGCAAUGACCAGUCGGACGAGCGGAACUGCACCAGACAAUGCACCCAGGACGAGUACCGCUGCCGGGAUGGUUCCUGCAUCUCGGCGUCCUUCGAGUGCGACGGCGAAGCGGACUGCAUCGACGGAUCGGACGAAAAUUCCUGCGACCGACCCAUGCAGGACUGCCCGGAGGGCGAGUUCAAGUGCAAGGGCACUCUGGGCGGCCUCGGGGGUCCCGGCGGUCGAUGCGUCCUCAACCGGUUCCGCUGCGAUGGGGAUAACGAUUGCGGCGAUUGGAGUGACGAGGAAGGUUGCCCCAAGAAGCAGGUCAUGUGCACGUCCAACGAGUUCAAGUGCGACGACGGAGACUGCAUUCCGGUGCAGUGGCGGUGCGAUGAUAAGCAGGAUUGUAACAACGGAGAGGACGAGAAGGGCUGCCCGGUGGACAAAAUGGUCGGCGGAACCUGCUCGCCGGAUGAGUACACCUGCAAGGAUGGACGGUGUAUACUGCGCUCAUGGGUUUGCGAUGGAACCGCCGACUGCAGACGAGGUGAAGACGAACAAGACUGCGACAUCAAGUGUGAGAUCAAUCAGUUUGCGUGUUCUUCCAGCAGUCGGAACAGCUCCAAUGAUCCGCUCUGUAUCAGUCAGAAGAACGUGUGCGACGGUCACAAGGACUGUGUCAACGGGGAGGACGAAGAGCGGUGUCCGAUUAUUCAUCGUUGCGGCAGAGAUAGUCUGUGUCAGCAAGAGUGCAUAACUGCCUACAACAAACAGGAGGAAUGCAAGUGCCGUCUGGGAUUCCUUCUGCAUGGCGACGGUCACAACUGUACCGACAUCGACGAAUGUACGAUCCUCAACAAUCCGGUGUGUUCGCAGGAGUGCAUCAACACAGUUGGAAGCUUCCGUUGCGAUUGCAAACCCGGAUAUGUUCUGAGACCGGAUCAGAGAACCUGCAAGGCCGUUGGCGGAGCAGUGAAGCUGCUGAUGGCCAACCGAGCUGACAUUAGACAGGUUUCACUCAGCAACAAUCAAUUCACCUCGCUCGUCAAAGGCCUACCGAAUGCGAUCGCACUGGACUACCACUACGCCAGGGACUUGCUAUUUUGGACGGAUGUAUCGAUCGACGUGAUCAAGCGGUCAUAUUUGAAUGGGACCGGCAUCAAGGACGUCAUCAAAUGGGGUCUGGAGUCACCUGGAGGUUUGGCCGUUGAUUGGAUCCACGACUUGCUAUUUUGGACCGAUUCGGGAACUCGUCGGGUAGAGGUGUCUACGUUCGACGGGACGCUACGUGCGGUGAUCGCUGCCAACGAUCUGGAUAAACCACGAGCGAUCUCAGUUCACCCCGGCAUAGCGACCAUAUUCUGGACCGACUGGGGCACGGUUCCCAAGAUCGAGAAGGCCUUCAUGGAUGGUUCCGAUCGACAGACCAUAGUGUCGGAGUCCAUCUUCUGGCCCAACGGCUUGGCGAUCGAUUACACAACGAACCGAAUCUACUGGGCCGAUGCGAAGCACGUCAUCGAAAGUGCCAACUUUGACGGAAAGGCUCGCAAGAAAAUCCUGAGCAAUAACCUUCCACACCCCUUCGCCAUGACUCUGUUCGAGGACUCCAUGUACUGGACCGAUUGGCAUACGAGGACUGUAUCCUCGGCGAACAAGGUCAAUGGACGUGGCUACCGAGUGGUCCAUGAAGGUCUGCACUUCCCAAUGGACAUUCAAAGUUUCCAUCCAUCCCGUCAGCCCGACUACACGAAUCGCUGUCCGCUAGAUUCGAGUGGCCGUCGAGGUGGUUGCUCGCAUCUGUGUCUACCGAACCGCGACCACCGGAGAUGUGCGUGUCCUAUAGGUCUUUCGCUGAAGGAUGAUCAUCGAACCUGCUCCAACGUACCGGAUAAGCUACUGCUGAUCGCUCGCAAAAAGGACAUCCGAGUGCGUCAACUGGAUCAAGAGAAUGUAACCAAUGGCGUCGAUAUGGUAGUUCCAUUGGAUGGGAUCAAGUCCAACGUGGCCAUCGAUUGGUGUAGCCAGACGAACGUGAUCUACUGGACCGACGUCGGAAAGAGCAUCAUCAGUCGGGCGUUCAUCAACGGAAGCCAGCAGGAAGCAAUCAUCAAGUCGAACUUGAUCUCACCGGCCGGUUUGGCCCUGGAUUGGAUCACCGACAAGAUCUACUGGACUGACGCGGGAACCAACCGGAUCGAAGUGGCCAGUACCGAUGGGAAGCAACGGGCCCUGUUAAUUUGGGAACGGCUCGAUAAGCCUCGAGAUAUUGUGGUUCAUCCGAGCGAAGGUUACAUGUUCUGGUCCGAUUGGGGAUCGAAUCCGCUGAUCGAGCGAGCCGGCAUGGAUGGGCAACCCAGCAGUCGGGUCACGCUGGUUUCCGAGAACCUUCAAUGGCCGAACGGGUUAGCACUGGAUACGAACAAUCACCGGUUGUACUUUGUCGACGGUGGAACGAAAUUGCUGGAGUAUGUGAACUUCGACGGAACGGGUCGUAAUCGGUUGAUCAUGGAAGGGUUAAAGCACCCCUUCGGGUUGGAUGUGUACGACAAUAACGUCUACUGGACGGAUUGGGAUACACACAGCAUUCAGAUGGCCGACAAGCUAACUGGUUCAAAUAAACAGGUGGUACUGGCGAACAAUACGGAUCUGAUGGACAUCCGGGUGUUCCACCGAAACCGGACGGAUAUCCGAAACCCCUGCAAAAAUCGCAAUGGGGGCUGUUCGUACAUCUGCCUACUGAGUCCCACCGGCUAUACCUGCGCUUGUCCGAUCGGAAUUCAGUUGAACGACAACGGCAAAACUUGCAAGGACGGUCCGUCGAAUUAUCUGAUCUUCGCACACCGCACCGACAUCCGCCAGGUUUCGCUAGACAGUGACUACCAGAUCGACGUGGUUCUUCCGCUGCCGCCGAUAUCCAAUGCCGUAACGCUGGAUGUGGACACCGAUACGGGUGACAUCUACUGGGCGGAUACGAUGGAAGAUGUGAUCAUGCGAUCCUCGCCAAACGGAAUGCACAUCAAGCAGGUACUGAGCGAAAGUAUGGGCAGCGUCGAUAGUAUGGCCAUCGAUUCCAUCGGUCGUAAGAUCUACUGGGCCGACGCCGCGCGCUGUUCGAUCGAGGUUAGCGAACUGGAUGGGAGCGUACGAACGGUUCUCGUUUGGCACGAUCUGACCCAUCCGAAGGGUAUUGCUAUGGACUACGACAGUGGCUAUCUGUUCUGGUCCGAUUGGCGGAAGGACCCGGUCAUCGAGAGGGCCGAUAUGGACGGGGAACACCGGAAGCGAAUUGUCACGACGGAUCUGGGCUAUAUCAAUGGUCUGGCGGUGGACAGUGUAGAGAAACGCAUCUACUGGACGGACUCCAAGCACAAGAGAAUUGAGUCCUGUGACUUCAACGGAAACUCGCGAAAGGUACUGCUGAACAAUCUGUCGCAUCCGCAUGCUCUAACAGUGACCACAGGUACGGUCUACUGGACUGAUUGGGUAACCAAGGCGUUGCAUUCCGUGUCCAAGAUCAACGCUAGCAAGAUUCGCAAGGUGGCCAAGGAUUUGGAGGAACUGAUGGAUGUCAAGGUUGUGCUGGACCAGGGCGAGAGGCAGGAGAAUGUGUGUGGCAAGAACAAUGGUGGCUGUUCGCAUAUUUGCCUGAGGACUCCCGCGGGUUUUAGCUGCAAGUGUCCCACAGGGUUGUUGAUGAGGGACGGUAGCAACAAGGAGUGUAAGACUAUUCCAGAUGAAUAUCUACUGAUCGCUCUCCGCUCCGGCAUCGGUCGCAUUUCGCUAGACACUCAGGACAUGUUCGACGUAGUGCUCCCGAUCGAGGGAGUUCACGGCGUGGUGGCACUCGACUAUCACUUUGAUCUAAUGUACAUCUUCUACGCGGACGUAAAUGUAGAUGCGAUCCGGCGGGUCAGCAUCAAUGACUUCUCCAACUCCAAGGUCAUCGCCAGCACAGGCUUAAGUACACCGAAUGGCAUUGCCGUGGACUGGUUGGCCGACAACCUGUACUGGACCGAUGCGGCUCUAAAGAAAAUCGAAGUGUCCAGAUUGGAUGGAACCUGUCGCAAGGCCAUACUGAGGGGUUUGGAUGACCCGAGGUCGAUAAUUUUGUACCCGAAGCGUGGUUUCAUGUUCUGGACCGACUGGGGACAGGCACCGAGAAUCGAUCGAGCCUACAUGGACGGUUCGGAGCGGCGCAGUAUUAUCGAUUCGGAGCUCGGAUUCCCCACGGGGUUGGCUAUUGACUUCGAGAUGAAGAAGCUGUAUUGGGCUGACGCUCAGCAUGAUCGGAUCGAGAUGUGUGACUUUGAUGGAAAAAGCCGCUUGCGAGUAAUUUCCCAAGCUGCACAUUCGUUCGGAUUCACGCUGACCGGUGGCUACAUGUACUGGACCGAUUGGCACAACAAAUCGGUCCAGAGAGCUCCGAAGCGGGUCGCCGCUCCAGUGGAGGAAGUCCGUUAUGGCCUUCGAGGUGCCCUGGAGAUUCGAUCGGUGUCCGGAAGUCGACAACCACACGAUUGGAACCCCUGUGGCCAGGACAAUGGUGGCUGUAGCCAUCUGUGCCUCUUCGCCGAGACACGCUACGUCUGCGGCUGUCCGGAUGUUCAGGACGAGAAGCACUGCCGUCUGGAACCUGCUUUCAGUGUGCCGAUCAAACACAACGACGAAAUAAUCCACAGUAUAGAACCUGAUAAACCACCCAAAUCCAACGGAUCCACCAUGCUCAACAAAAACAAAAUGCACGCCCAGUUGGUCAUCAUUGCCACGGCCAUCGUGGCCGGUUUGCUCAUUAUAGUAGUGAUCGCCAUCCUAGUGCUGAUUGUGAAUUCCAAACGGAAACAGAGUAGGAAAACGUCCCGCAGCGGAAGCGACGUCCUGACGUUCACCAAUCCCAACUACAACGGCGUCGAUGGGCUGUGCCACCACCAUCCGGGCGAGGUGGCGUCGUCCGCGCGGAACACUAUCUGGAAGCGGCUCAAGUACGACCGGGCACAGGAACGAGUUUACGAGGAGAAGUACCUGGGCCUACCGCACGGCACCGCCACCACGACGCUGAUCUCACCGGCUUCGUCAUCGCAAAUUUCUUCCGCAUCGGCAGUGCUUCCAGUGUAAACAACAGCGCCACAGCUCGCUGACAAGUAGAAAUUGUAUAGAAAAAAAAAAACACAUGGAACUGAUUAAACACAACCAAAACAAAAUGCAAGAAACUGAUUCAAAUCAAUGAGACAUAUUCACUGAAAAUGAGUACGUUUAUAAAACAGAAACUCAAGGCAGCUACAUUAGAACGAAAACAAGAGAGAUACUAACUAAUAACUAUGAGAAACCUAAGGUUGAGAACAAACUAAAGAAAUGACAUUUAAGACAUAAAUACAAAUAAAACAUCAAAACGUUGAACUAUUUUUUAGCCGGUGUUGUCCCGAAUUAUUUUUUGUAUUGGAAACAUGAACGCAAACAAAAAACAAACUGAUAAAAAGGCUCACUUCGAGUAUGAAAAAAAACAACUGUCACACGAUUUUAGCUGGUAGUAAACAAAACGAGAAGAGGACAGUCAACGAAAAACUCUAAACUUUGACAAAUGAAAAAUAAGGCAAACUAGAAUUUUACCUCUUCUCGUACCGAUCGAUGACGUCGAAGCAACAGAAAAGGCAGAUUUUUUCAAGAGCUGUCGAAGGCUCGCAAACCCAAAAUGAAUAAGCAAACCGCUGUUAACCAGUAAUUUGGAACUACAAAAAGCAUACAUUACCAAUAACUAGUGUGGUUAUGAAACUGGUUGUAAUUUUAUGAGCAGAAGUAAAACAAAUAGAAAUCUAAUCACUAUCUCACAACAAACAAAAACACACACACUUACACAUUCCCCGAAACCCGAAGCAACGGAAGCUAUAGAGUAAAUUUAACACUGAGAGACAGCUGAAUAGUAAACAACCAACCAAACCAAACAACAGCCGCAGUUGAAGUUGAUUUUUCCAAAUUUUCGGUUUGACAGCCUCUGCCAAAACCGUCCCUGAUUCGGUCACCGCCUCCUGAUUCCUCCUGAUCCCGCAGCAAAUCCCGAUUUGUGAAUCCAAACCAACAGCAAACCAUGUAUCUAAAAUUAAAGAAAAGAGAAAAACUGUCGUUGAACGCUAUUUAAAAUGAAAACAAAGGAAAACUAAAAAAGUAUAUAUAUAUGAAUGUUUUAUAUAUUUCUAGUUUUUUAUACAUAUCCUGUGCAACUAGAUGGAGGAAGAUUGAACAGACGAAGGCAUGAGAGAGGAUUUACGCCCAAUUCGCAUCAGAAACUUUAGUGAAACGAGUAAAUUUUCCGUUUGUGAGUUCGGCUCUUGAUUUACGAAUUUUGACGUUUGGUUUCGGGUUACUAUUGAUUACAAACAAACAAACAAAAAAACAAAUAAGUAAAAUUGACAACAUGGCUGUGUGACGUUUUGAAAACGAAUGAUUUUCGCGGAUUAUAAAAGUUUCUUUGGGCGAACACGCAAGAGGAACUGCUCACUGCUACCCUGCUGCCGGACUGAAGUGUGGCAACUGAGGUGUCAUUUUAAUAAACUUUAUUAUUGAAUUUACGAUUAUUGCAAGUACGGAUAGUAUGUACUCUUAUAGGUAAAUAAUGCCAGAUCAAAUCUGAGUGUUGUAAAUAUAGGCAACUAAAUACAAGGGAGGAAAUGCGUAGGGAUGUAUAUUUUUUUAAUUGAAAUUGGUCUCAGAAGCCGGAAGUUACUAGUUUUCUGUGAACGAUGAGAAUUGACAGGGAGGUGAGUUAGGUAAGGGUGAGCGAAUUUGCAGUGAGAGGCAUGCUUGGUUUUUGUUGAUUUGUUCACUUCAAACAAGAAAGGAAUGACAGUUUAUAAAAUUAAAAAAAAAAUUAAAACAGGAAGGAAAUUGAUUUUUUGCAGUUUGCAUACAUUUUCUUAUCAAGCAUUAAGCAAACACAGAAAACAGCAAGUUAAUUAGAGUAAUUAUCUGGGAUAAAGUAAACAACGUUAAUGUACAUAACAAUACUUUCCUACAAUUGCAGUGAACAACUCAUUGAAUCGAUUGUAAGAAACUAAAAACCUACAUCUAAUAUAGACUUAAGUGGAAUGGGAGCGUUCGAGAGGAACGGGGGAGAAGAAAACAAGUGAAACUUUGUGCCAAAAACUAGCCGGAAGAUGGCAACCCGGGCGCAAACGUCAGGCUCGAGACCCGCGGUGACACACAGCAGGCGUUGAUCUCCAAAACAACGCACUCAGCUGUCACUCGGCUCCGCCCCGUUGGCUCGCUCGUUCGCCAUUCUUCCGUGAAGAGAAAACCUGUAAAAUAAUACUGUCUGCUCACUAAGGAAAAAUCUAAACCAAACAAAAACGUAUAAAACGAGGAAGUUAAAAAAAAACAAACGAUAUUUUUCACUAAGUGGAUAAAAGACUGAUUUGAUUGUCUGAGUUUUUACUCUCUUUCUCUCUCUAUAUUUUUGAUGAGUCGAUCGCUUGGGUGAUUACGAAAAAAGGUCAUAAUUGAGGUGAAAACCGAUACUUUGAUGAUUCAGUUGACGUUUCUGUCAUGUUUGUUUACGCUAACACCUCUUUGGUUGUCGGAGAUGAUCCAUUUCAUCGCAUGAGGCGGCUCUUUAGCUGCGGAAGUUGCUCUCGCGAGCAUUUUGUGAAAUGGAUUCCGCUGAAGUUUUGUACUUACGUUUCAAUUCACUGUCACAGCUAUGGGUUAAACGAUCAAAUCGAUAUUUUCGUUUCGUUCAAAACACUUCAGUCGAGUUUUGUAAAACUAUAUAAGGUUUUUGAUAUAAAUACAAAGUGAAAGAACAUAAAUAAAUUUGCUCAUAUAUCACUGUAUAAAUUUGACAAUAUAAAGAUCAAAUAAUGACACACAAAAAAUUAAGAAGAAAAGCAUGAGAGUAAACAAAAACACUGUUCAGAAAAUAAACUUUAACUUACUUGCUUGUAUCAAACAAAAACAACACCCAAAUGGCAGCUGCCAUGUCAACGACGCGCAGAACAGGUAGUUUGCCGGGGCAGGUAUCGAGCCUUUCGGGUCACCAUAGCGACAACCUAAGCCGACAGCGAUUAUACCCGAUUAUGGGGCUCUAAAUUGAGUAUAAUCAACCAACGACGUUCAUAAACGUUCGGUUUAGCUUCUCCACCCGAAAGCAAGUGCGGAUUGGCUCUCACGAGAUGGACAGCGCAGCGCGGUUGACAUGGCAACGCGGAUCCGAUAAGCAACCAAACAAACACAAAACCAAUUUCAGCGCAGAAAAGUGUAAAUCAACCUUCGACGGAGAGAGGCACAAGUUGUUAAAAGAUUCAAACACGGGGAAGAUUUCCAAACCACCAACCAAAAUCCGUUUCAAUUUUCCAACAACACAGUGUAUUGAACCUUUUCCAAAUGCGCGUUUUAGUGCAUUAGAAAGAACGGAACGUCAGGCUUGAAUUCGUUUUCGUCGAUUUGUUUACUAUUUUUUUAUACACAAAUCGAGAUGCAACCCGACACAGGUGGUGCAAGUUAUAGGUAAAUGAAUAUAGCGAAACACAGAUAUUCGGUUCCGAAAAUCUGUAGCUCGCCCAGUGACGCAGGGGACGUAGCGAUUAGGGGAGGGUUUAAAGAGAUAAGAUGCGAUAUUUACACUUAUAGUGCAAAAUAUGAGUAUGUAAACAAACGCUGAACGGGAUUCACCAACCUUGGCAUAUGCAAAAAAAAAAAGAAACGUUGUUAGUGCCAAUUGUUUUUCUAUUGAGUUCGAGGGAAACGACAAACAAGGAAAAGAAGCCAAACACACACUCACACACAGAAACUUUAUUUUUUAUAAGAAAACGAAGAGAAAAAAAAUGUGAGUAACACACCUAAACGCAUUUUAAGUAAACACAAACACAGUCUCACUGAAGAAGAGAAGGAGAUCAAACGAUGAAAGAUGAAAAACAAAAGUGUAACUAAUUUUUACUAAAAGAAAAGAUAAACCCUAGCAAGUAAGAAUGAAAGAAAAUGAAAAAAAAAACAUACAAACGCACCCAACCCGGAAGGCCCAGAUCCGAAACGAUUCACCAGAACACGCCUCCACAAUUUGUGUCAGAUUCGUUUCGGCUGAAACUUCCGUAAAUUCAAUCACAGUGCUAUUUUUCUCAACUCUCGAAUCUAUCCAUUUCCGUUCAACCCCGGUUGGGCGCGUACCGUCAGUCAAUUCAGUCCAGCGCACUGAACAACUGCUAUGAGGAAAAUUACUCUAAAAACAUGAACAUUUUUUCGUUUGUUUCCGUUCCACUUUUUGAUAAAGAAUAAUGACAGAAUGAAAAAAAAAAAACAAAAAUUAAAAACAUAACACAAGCAAACAGAAACUUUAGCGACGAGGGAGAAACAGAAAAUCAAAGAAACAGAACGUAACAGAAGACGUUUAAAACAAAUGUAGAAACAAACAAACAAAUAUUCAAUGACAUGAAACCCAAAUGCUGUGAGGAAUUAAAUGAUGAAAAAUAAAUUUAAAAACAGUCAAAAACAAAACGAAAAAAUAAAACGUCAGUCAAGAAUGGUGGCAAGAUUGGAAGAACUAAAACAGUUCAACACAAACAAAAUCACACAGGUAUUGAGACGCGAAGGAAUGUGUAAAGCAAGUGCAAAACACAAAAAAAAAACAAAGAAACAACACUGAAAACAGGAGAAAAGUACAUAAAACGGAAGAGAGAUGCCAAGAAGAGUGAAGAAUGAAUAAAAAAAAACAA